AUGGCGGCGGCGGCGAUACCCACAGGCGGCGGUCUACGCCGCCUUCACACUCGUCCAUGGCUCCAAAGCCUCUGCUUUACAACUCCAGUAUGUUCUCUCUCUAUGCUCGCCUCUUCUUGUCUUUCUCAAUCCUCUUCAAUCCCACACUCAGAGGAGCCCACAACUACUGUAACGAAGCAUAAAACGAGUGAAAAUAAUAGCGAAAAUCCCACUUCUUAUUUCCCGAAGCGAGGUCAGACUUUAGAGCUAGUGUGCGAAACCUUAGCUUUCAAAGGCAAGGGUAUAUGCAAGGUGGCAAACUCUGGCUUUAUAGUCAUGUGCGAUCGCGCACUCCCGGGUGAGAAGUUCGUUGGCCGUGUCACACGCAGAAAAGAUAAUUACGCUGAGGUGAAGAAAGUGAAGACGAUAUCUCCUCACUGGGACUGUGUGGUGGCGCCUUGUGAAUAUGCAUCAUAUUGUGGAGGUUGUAAAACGCAGAAUUUGUUGUAUGAGGCCCAGGUCAGGGCUAAGGAGCAACAAGUGCAUGAAUUGAUUGCACACGUUGGAAAAAUUUCAGAUAAAGACCCAGAAAUUAGGGGCGUCAUGAAGCCCAUCGUUCCUUGUGAUAUCCAGUUUCACUAUCGAAACAAGAUGGAGUUCUCUUUUGGCACCAGAAAAUGGCUACCUCCAGAAUUGUUACUACAAGAGGGUGAUGAAAACAAUGAAUAUGCUUUGGGACUGCAUGCUCCUGGCUUUUUUGAUAAGGUCCUGAAUAUAGACAAGUGCUUAUUACAAAGUGAUCCAGCCAACAGGGUUCUUGCAGCUAUUCAAGAUUGUUGGAGGGAUCCACAGUUUGGUCUCUCUCCAUACAAUGUGUACUCUCAUGGUGGCUUUUUGAAGCAUCUGAUGCUCAGAGCUGGCAGGAAUAUCGAGACUGGCCAGUUGGAGCUUAUGGUUAAUUUUGUGACUUCGUCAUACAAGCCAGAGCUGCUGAAGCCCCUCGUAGAGAAAAUUACAAGUUUUCCUGAUGUGGUAAGCAUCAUGAACAAUGUAAAUACUUCUGUGGGAAACACAUCUGUUGGGGAGGAGGAGUAUACACUGUAUGGAAAAUCAACAAUUACAGAGAGUCUAAGAGGAUUAGCUUUCCAAAUUUCAGCAAACUCAUUUUUCCAGACAAAUACACAUCAGGCAGAGAUUCUUUAUAAGUUAAUAGAGGACUGUGCCUGUCUAAAGGGAGAUGGUUCAGAAAUAGUUCUAGAUCUAUUUUGUGGAACGGGAACCAUUGGUCUUACACUUGCGAAAAGGGUGAGACAUGUAUACGGUUUUGAAAUAGUUGAUCAAGCCAUCUCCGAUGCACGCCGUAAUGCUAAUUUGAAUGGUAUAUGUAAUGCCACCUUUGUCCAAGGGGAUCUUAACAAAAUUGAUGAGAAUUUUGGAAAUUAUUUUCCGAAGCCUGACAUUGUCAUUACAGAUCCUAAUCGGCCAGGCAUGCACAUGAAAUUAAUCAAAUUUUUGCUAAAACUGAAGGCAGCACGUAUUAUCUAUGUAUCUUGCAAUCCUGCCACCUGCGCCCGUGACCUUGAUUACCUCUGUCAUGGUGUGCCAGAGCAGAACAUAAGUGGAUGCUACAAGCUGAGAAGCGUACAACCGGUAGACAUGUUUCCACACACUCCACAUAUCGAAUGCGUUUGCUUGUUGGAACUCUGUUGA